UGUCCAUCACAACAUGCCCCGCCCCUUCACGUCGAGCAGUAGAGCAGCAGCAGAAAGCAGCAGCGGGUCUGUUAGAGAGGGAAGAGAGAGUAAACAGAGAGACAAGCCUCAAGAUGGCUGCCUCGCUGGGCUCCGCUCACCUCACCGGAGCUGCUGCUACCGCGGCGGUCUCCUCCUCCGUCAAAAGCACCGAGGCGAAGGGAGCCUCUGACAACCGCAACCGGGAUUUACACCCGCCGCCGCCGCCCAAGAAGCUCCGAGUGGAGGAGAGGAGCGGUAAACCCAAGAAACUCAGCCGAGAAGCAGGAGGAGGAGUGGCAGGCAGCGGCAGCAACGGCAGAGAGAAGCUCCUCCAGCAGCCCGGGAAGCAGCAGCAGAGUUACAGCAGCUUGUGGAGCUUCAGCCCGGUGAAGACGAGCAACAACAACAACAACAACCCCUCGGUGGUGCCUGCUGCUGUUGGUGGAUCACAACCACCGACAAACACACAUAAAGUCUUCAAACAGAGCGACUUCUUCCUCCACAAAGCGCCUUCCUCCUCCUCCUCUAAACGUAGAGAUAAACAGCGGGAGAAAGAGAGGGAGAAGGGGAAAGGAGGAGGUGGAGAGGAGAAGAAGAAACAUAAACUACUGUUGUUGACCUCCGGACCCGGGAGUAAUGCUACUAACAACAACAACAACAACAACAACAUCAGCAGGAUUAACAACACUUCUACAGUGAAGAGAGAAAACGGAGAGGUCAUGUUGACACCCAAAGAGCACUCUAACAAGGACAAGGCGAAGGAGAGAGACCGAGAGGAGAGAGAGAAGAAGAAGGUCAGAGACCGAGAGAAGGAGAAGAAGAAGCACAAAGUGAUAAACGAGAUCAAGAGGGAGAACGGAGAAGUCAAGCAGCCGAUUAAAGAUGAAAAAGAGAAAGCCAAGAUCAACUCGGAGGAGCUGCAAAUCAAAAAAGUGAAGAAGAAAAAGAAGAAGAAACACAAAGAGGGGGAGAAGCACAAACGAGUGAAGAUGUACCACCGCUCCAGCCAAACCGUUUGCGCUGGCCUGCUUCUCCUCCCUUCGUCCUCUCCACCUCCUGCCUCCUCAUCCUCUGAUCCCACUCAGAACUCCUCCCUGUCUCCGUUCAAGUCCCCUCUACCCGUUUACCCUCCACCCAACAACAAAACUGCACAUCUCUUACCUUCCGCUCCUCAUAUCGUCCCCAAAUCCCUCUUUAACUGCGCCCUCCUGAACUCUCUGAACCCUCCGUCAUCCUCCAUGAAGCAACCUUCCCAAACCAAACACCAGCCGCAGUGCACCUACCCCGGCAUGGCGGGCCUGGAGUUUGCCCAGUACAUCCACAUAGAGAACCAGCCUAACGGAGGGGCCCUGGUGGCCCACGCCUACACGUCCCAGCUCUCCUCUCUCUCCACGGGCCAGAGGCAGAGAUUUGCCCAGGAGUUUGUCACCUUGGCCUUCAGCGAGGACUCCUCCCAGGCAGCUCAUUAUGUCAUGGGAAUUAUCCACGGAGAAGCCGGCUACCUUCCCGACUUCCUGGACUACUUCUCAACCAAGUUCCCAUCAGCUCCAGUCAAAAUGGAAAUACUGGGAAAGAAGGACAUAGAAACCACCACCAUGGUUAAUUUCUACUCUCAGGUGAAGAAGACGUACAGUAACGGUACAUACAGAGCCGGGGCGAUGAGACAGAUCAGCCUGGUGGGAGCCGUGGACGAGGAGGUCGGGAAUUACUUCCCAGAAUUCCUCGGCAUGCUGGAGGAGUCGCCCUUCCUGAAGCGGACUCUUCCGUGGGGAACGCUCUCCAGUCUGAGGCUGAUGGAUCCCUCAGAGAGCGACGACGGUCCCAUAAUGUGGGUCAGACCAGGAGAGCAGAUGAUACCUGUAGCUGAUAUACCAAAGUCUCCCUUUAAAAGAAAACGCUCCACCAACGAGGUGAAGAACCUGCUGCAGUCGCUGCCCCGGACCAGCGAGCCCAGAGAGAUGCUGUUUGAGGAUCGGACUCGGGCCCACGCCGAUCACAUCGGUCAGGGCUUCGAGCGACAAACCACAGCAGCCGUGGGGGUGCUGAAGGCUGUGCGGGCCGGACAAAGCUCGGAGCCUCCUCGUGUAACCAAAGACGUCGUGUGUUUCCAUGCUGGUGAUUUCCCUCAUGUAGUCCAGAGGCUGCAGUUGGACCUCUAUGAACCUCCGCUGUCUCAGUGUGUGCAGUGGGUAGAUGACGCCAAACUGAACCAGCUGCGUCGCGAGGGCAUCCACUACGCCCGCAUCCGCCUGUCCCACGACGACAUCUAUUUCAUCCCUCGCAACGUGGUCCACCAGUUCAAGACCGUGUCGUCUGUCUGCAGCCUGGCGUGGCACGUCCGCUUAAGACAAUACCACCGUGGAGAGGGAGAGGAGAAGGACGAGGUGAAGGAAGAGGAAGAGGAGGAGGAGGAGGAGGAGGAGGAGGAGGAUGAGGAGCAGGUUGAGUUGAAGGAGAAGGAGAGGAAAACGGUGGAGGAAGAAGAGGAGGAGAUGAGGAUAGAAAAGAAGGGGGAGAAAGGAGUGAAGGAGAGGAUAAAGGAGGAGGCAGAAAACAGGACUUUGCCGGCUGUCAAAAAGGAGGAAGAGGAUCGUCGUCCACCUCUCUUGUCUCCGCCCGCUGUCUCUCUCUCAGUGGACCCGAACGUGAGCAACGCUAGAGACAAAGAGGCGGAGAAGGAGAGGAUAAAACCCAAACGGCAGGAUUCACCUCCCGCUAAGGUGAAAGCAGAACUCCCAGCGCCUCCUCGCUGCAAAAAUAAAUUGCCUUCGCCGCUCCCUCCUGCUCCUCAUCCUCCUCAUCACGACACAAAACCCAAAGCAGCAUCAUCGAAGCACCUUCAUCAUCACCACCAUUACCACCAUUCGGACAGCAGAAUGACGUCUUCCAGUUCAAGGUCCUCCUCUUCUGCUCCUAAAUCACCCAAGUCUUCCUCUUCUUUGUCGCCUUCAGCUGUUCCUCCUCUGCGCUCCCCUUUCGCUGCUCCCGGUCCAUCCUCUACCUCUUCUCCAUCUCCUGCUCUGUCCACAUUUUCCUCCGCGUCAACCUCCGCUACAUCCUCCCUGACUAGUCCAAAGCCCGCAGCGGAUUUCCCCACACUCCCUCCUUCCAGCUUCCCUUCUUUGGCUUCCCGGCUGCCUUCCUCCUCUCAGUUGGACCGACCGAAAGACCGCCUGAAGCCAGACGUCCCGUCAGACACACGGACACGGGCGCCGUUGGAUAUACGAGCACCUGCUGCGGAUGUACAAACACACACAAGUUCUCAAUCCGACACGCGGACUCACGCGGCGGCUCGAGCGGCGACAGACUUUCGGACACUCCAAGAGAGAUGGACUCACGGCGCGGACGCCAGGACGUCCGUGGAACCACAGAUGCAUCCGCCGCAGGACGCCGGGAGGCAAGGAAUCUACAUGCAGCAAUACGCACCCCAGCACCUCCCACCUCCUCCUCCUCACCACCCUCACAUGCUUCCGCCCUCUUUCUCCCCUCUCAUGCCGCACUCCCAUCUCCCUCACAGACCUCCCAUCCUCCCCCCAAAUCCGCUGUCCAAUCCCGCUCUCCCUGCACAACCUCUGAACUCUUAUCUCAAUCAGAAUGCGCCGCCGCCGCAUCCGGUUCACAUGAGCCAGCUCCACCUGCAUCCGCAACACCAACCAAACAUCACGGCGCAGUCUCAACCGUACUACCAGCCUCCCCUCGCCAGCUCCCAGUCUCUCCCUCCUCACCUCUCCCACCAUCACCAGUUCGCCAACACCUUCUACCCCCCUCAGCAUCCCCACUUCCCCCCUCACCACUUCCUCCCCCCUCAGUCUUACCUCUCUCAACCGCCCAGCUCAUACCCGCCGCUACAACCGCAAUACCCGCCUCAGUCUUACCCUCACCCGCCGCCUCCUCCUUCCUCCUCGCCGCCUCCCCCUCCUCCUUCUCUUCCACCUCCUCUUCCCCCUCAGCCUUCCCCUUCUGUCCUCCUCCCUCACCCAAAGCAUGAAGAGGAGCAGAUUUUAUAGUAGUUUUUUGUACAUAACGAUGCUGUUUUUAAAUGUUUUAUUUUGGUCGUGAUGUUGUAAAACGAUGUAAAAAGGAAAUAACGAGGAAGGCGGCGGAUCGGUAUGAAACACAGUAUCGUAGUUUUUAAAGCAGAGUGGGACUUUUAUUCGCCCCCCAGACCUCUUGACUGGACUGGUUUAGAUUGUACUGAACGCUUUAGUUGGUCAGAAAUAUUGAGAAUUGAUUGCGUUUAUUGGUAGUUUUGGCCUUCAGUCAUGUAUGGCUGCACCAGUUUUGAAUUUAAAGAAGAUAUUAUUCAGGCUCAAGGUUUGAAUGAGCUCCCUAGUCUGCCAAACUGCUGUCUGGUUCUGUUUUUUUGAAGUGAGCCAUCAGAGGUAGGAAGGAAAAAACAUUUUGUGUCAGAUAUUUAUAUAAAAAAAGGUCAUGAUGAUGACCUUUUUUGUGAAACUUGCAGCUAAUGCUUCCAUUUUGUGGCUUUUUUUCUAGUAUAUUCUUUGUGCCCAAGACUGUUUCUGGAAUAAUGAUGGGUCAAAUCGUGAUAUUACACAAUACACUAUAGUAUUGAUGUAAUAUUACUACAUUUCCUCUACUAUAUUGUAUCGAUACAUCUUAAUCAAUACAGUAUAUCGAAGUGCAUUUCCCUGAUAUUGUAUUUUGAGCAAUAAUGCUCCGCAAUAAUCUGCUGAAUAUAAAUAUAAAUGCAUUUCUCCAUUAUUGAUAUGGUGACAGCACGUAUCAGUAUUUUUAUUCUGAUUUCAAAGCUAUUGAUAAGACCAGCCAGUGAUGUCCUAUUGAAUCAGUUUCCAGUGUUUUUUUGCCAAGGAAGAAUAUGAGUACAGCUUUUAGUGCUACUAAACAAAAGGAACCCCUCCCCCCCCCCAUGUCAAUUACAAGUAUAGGAAGCUACAGUAUAAUACAGUAGCACCAUAAACAGAGUCACAAUUUAAAGGAAUAGUUUGGCAUUUUGGGAAAGAAAAAUCAAUACAGCAUAGUAUCACGAUAUUUUGCCUGGCAAUAUUGUAUUGAUACACGGACGUUAAGUAUCAAGCUAUUAUAUAAUGUAUUAACUUCUUAACAAUCUGACGGCCUGCUAUUCUGUCUUUUAAAGGUUGUACCGGGCUCAGUUUUAAAGUUAGUGAAGGUACUGGUAUCACAUGAAACUA